AAACUAGCAUUCUGAAACUUUAUAUGCAAAUUGAAAUAAGGUGUAAACUUCAUGACACUUUCCCCAUUAUUACAUCUCAAGUAUGCAGUGACUUGACGUCAUUUUCAAUUAUGACUUCAUACAUGUGUAGUUCAGAGAAGUGCAUGCAGAGAGUACACUACAAUAUUCUCUGGGAAGCCUUAUCGUACCUGCGUUUCGGAAAAAGAGUCUUACAUAGAUAUGUUUACGUCAUCCCAAUCACAAAGCAAAUCUUCCAGAUACCAGAGAGGGAAUGAAAAACUAAUAUCAUAAUUUAGUUAUAGACUGAAAACAAUAUGAAUAAUAAUAAUGAUAAUUCUUAAUUUUAAUUUUUUUAUAACCGUAUAAAGAGUUUAUAUACAUAAAUAUAUGUUCCAUUAUGAUAUAGAUUGUUUAAAAUUGCAGAUGCAUUUAAUACCUACACAAGAAGAUUUCUGGGGUUCUCCAUUUAUGUAUCUAACACAACGGACAGAAAAGAUGGUCACCUAUGUUACCAUGAUACAAACUAUACCAGAUAUACCAUACCUGCCGUCGUCAAUAUUACCUGUCUUGUGCAUGGACAAUACGUCAUCUUUUAUAACGAAAGACUAUCAGAUGUUAUUUAUCCAGAAAGAUAUUCAAAGUUCGCACAUAAUGAAAUAUGUGAAAUGGAGGUAUAUGGUAUGCUGUAUAUUAAGCUCUUCAGCAGGAAAUCAUUCAGUUUUCUUUUUUAAAUACACGUAUAGAGAUAUGUAUAAAUAUACUUUAUUAGGAAAAAAAACAAGCGUAUUUGUAAUACUUGAUCAGUACGACUUUCGUUUAAUAUAUUUGAGCAAAAGUUGUAUUGACAUUCAUUGCUUUUAAUAUAUUUGUAAGAAUAUUUUGCAGGGAAAAUAAUUUGAUAUGCCAUCAUCCGUUUUGGAUGGAUAAAAAAUGGGAUCAAUUCUGUUGAGAAUGCUUGCAAUUUAGUAUAUGCAUUAUUUAUUCAAGAAAUAACACUAAUGGUGGGAUGACAAAAUAUUUUCUUGCUAGUUCCCCUUCAAGUGUGCAGCAAGGUUAACGACGUAUUUAUGUUUUCGUAAAAACUCAAAUGACGUCACGUUUAAGCAUUCAAUACAAAUGAAUCUCGACGAGUGCAUAAUGUAUGUUCUUUUUAAAACACGCUCAAAUUCUUUCUUGACGAUCCUAUGAUUGCGCUAAAAUAUUUUUUUGAGGUCGAGAGGCUGACCAAAAAAAACGGCUUUAGCAAGCCCAAAGUAUGGAUAAAUGAGUCACGAAAAUUGAGUAGGACAGUUUGUUCAACAAUUUCUAUAUCUUGACCUUGCUGAAUAAACCGCCACACCAUUUUCAUGAAGCUUGAGUCAGUCCUAUGUUUGUGUUUACCUUACUUCGAGAUAAGAGCAAACGUAUGGAUGACUUAAUGAAACACGGAUGAACAAUUUCAAUUUUACCCGGGCAAAAACGAACGGAACAGUUUAUUCGUAUUCUUAUCAUGAAUAGGCUUUAAAAAAGGGACAAAUGAGUUUAAGAUUAUUGCUUCAAUGUUCUUUAUUCCCUUUAAAGGUUGCAGGAUUGGAUACUACGGAUUGAACUGUUCUCUUUCCUGUCCUGACAAAUGUCAUCAUUGUCAUAUAGAGACAGGUAUAUGUCAUGUGUGUGAGUCCGGAUAUCACGGACACCAGUGUGAAUUUGAUUGUAGGAAUGGAUACUAUGGAUCUAAUUGCUCUCUCCCCUGUCCCGAAAACUGUCGUUAUUGUCACAAAGAAACAGGCGUAUGUGAGUGGUGUGAACCCGGAUAUAAGGGAUCUCAAUGCGUAAUUGUUAGUACAGAGGAAGAAACAGCCUGGCGAUUAAGGUUUUACAGUACGCUUGGUGCUGUCAUCGUCGCCGUAAUACUUAAUGCCUUUUUCAUCACUAUUAUAAUCUGUCUGAAGUGGAAAAGAAAUGUUCCAAAGAUACCACUAACUAUGAAAGAAUCUUGUACUCCCGGGGUAAAUCAUAUCUAUGAUAAUCCUGAUGCAAAUAUCCCUGGAGAAUAUCAGCAACUUGGAAAGCUGGGAGAAUCCUCUCAAUAUGACGCACUGAAGCAGAUGAAUGGAGAACAGAGUUCGGAAAAUGAAAAAUGAAUUAAAAUUUUAAAAAUCCGGAUAGACAUUAACAAUACUAGGAAGAAUCUGAUAUUGUAUAGAAGCUGCAAUUGUUUCCCUUUUAAUUUUAUUUAAGUGGAACCCCUUGAUUUUUCUGUAUUAUUUGUUUUUAUUUUAUAGUCAUUUUAUCUUGUAGGUUAUUCUGAUACAGAAAUAACAAUAAAAUCAACAUAACAAAGAUACAAGUGUCCAUUGCCGAUGGAAAGCAUGUAACGUCAAAGGAUGAAAAAUUUCAAUUAAAAGAUAAUAUGAUAAAAUCAAGUUCACAUGCAGAUAAAGAGGAAGUCAAGAAUUCUAUGGAGAGGAUACGAUGUAUUUUAAUUUUUGCCCUAAAGGACUCAAGCAAAAGAGUGAAUGUUGCUUUAAAUAAACCCACGUGGCAGGCAUACCCUUACAUGGUACCGGACAGUACAUAUGAUUCUAGUUAUGCUGUAGAUGAACUAAAAUCCAACCUCAGAUUCGAUGGAGGUCAGUGUGUUAUUACAGCUGACUAUAAAAGAACUGCCACCUGGUGGGUAAACCUGGAAUCAGUCUACAGCAUACUUGACAUAAGAAUUUAUUACCGGACUGAUAAUAAUGUAUGGGAUGAAAGAAACCCUUUUGCUGCAAGAUUUCUUGGGUUUUAUGUGUAUUUAUCGAACACUACGAACCGACUUGAUGGCCACUUAUGCUUCCAUGAUAUAAACUAUACGAGAUCAACUAUACCAGCCAUUGCCAAUAUCUCCUGUCCCUUACAUGCACAAUACGUCAUCUAUUUUAAUGAAAGAUUAUACAAUAUUAUGUACCCGGAUGGAUAUUCACAAUUUGCUCAUAAUGAAUUGUGCGAAGUAGAAGUCUUUGGUUGUAUGACUGGAUACUAUGGACCUAACUGCUCUAUCCCCUGUCCUGAAAAUUGUGGUGACGGUUAUUGUCACAUCGAGACUGGAAUGUGUUCCUGGUGUAAACCUGGGUACCAGGGAUAUCAAUGUCAAAAUGAGUGUAAUGGUAACAAAUAUGGACAGGAUUGUGGACAGGGAUGUGGAGCCUGUCUGGGAUAUAAACAAUGUCAUCACAUGAAUGGUUCGUGUCUUGAAGGAUGUGAUGCAGGAUUUAAAGACACUUUAUGUAAUAUUGAGUGUUCUGAAGGAUAUUUUGGAUAUAACUGUGAAAAUAAUUGUAAUGACAAAUGUGAAGACCCAAACAAAUGUAAUAAGACAACAGGUGAAUGUGAAGGUGGAUGCCAGGCAGGUUGGAAGGGACUUCAGUGUAGUGAACAGUGUGAUGGUAACCGAUAUGGUAAGGAUUGUGGACAGAUAUGUGGAGCGUGUCUGGGAUAUAAACAAUGUCACCACAUCAAUGGUUCUUGUCUUGAAGGAUGUGAUUCUGGAUUUGAAGGAUAUCAUUGUACAACGGGUUGUUCCGCUGGAAAGUUUGGAAAAAACUGUAGUGAAAAUUGCAGUGUCAAUUGUAUGGUACCCAGUGUAUGUCACAAUGUUACAGGAGAAUGUCAGAGUGGAUGUCAGCCUGGUUGGGAAGGGACUCAUUGCGAAAGGGUUCAAAUUGAGGAUAAACAAGACUGGCAACGAGGCUUUUACGUCAUCCUUUGUGCAUUUUUGGUAUCUGCUUUAGCUAAUGUUGUCCUGAUUUCUUAUAUCCUGCUAAAGAGGCAAGGGGAGAGAAGAAUGGCUGAACCAACAACGAAAGAUAUGUUAAAUGAUGAGGAAAGAAAACCAAAUGACAUUUAUGAGAAUUCGGACAGAAACGUCACUGGAGAUUACCAGGAACUAGGAGAGAUGGAAAAGUCCUCUCAUUACGAUGCACUACAGUAACAGGGACUAGAAUAAAAGAUUGUGGGGGCGACGAAAUUAAGUUUAAUUUCAUAUUAAGUAUACUUUUCUAGUUUUUUUAAUAU